GCUAAAAAGAAAGUGCUAAAAUUAAACAAUUACUUUAUAACGACGUCGUUUCGAAGCUAACAUUGCAAUAGCAUAUGUGUAAUUCAAUCGCCAAAUCAUAUUAGUUUCGUUUAUUUCCCGCGCUACAUGACCUUCCAUGGUGAUUUCAUCAAAAACCAUGACCGUCUUCUUUAUCUUCUCCAUGCCUGCACAAGGGCUCGUUCCCUUGCCACAACAAAACCUCUCCAUGCACUCACUAUCACACUUGGUCCUAACCCAAAUCAACCCGCUUAUCUUUUCAACAAUAUUAUUUCUCUGUACACUUCUUUCAGUGAAUUGUCCCUCGCACGUAAGGUGUUUGACAAUAUGCCCCAAAGAAGUAUUGCAUCCUAUAACUCGAUUAUCACUUCUUAUUGUAAGUAUGGUUAUUUAGAAGAAGCUUUGGGAGUUUUUUCUCGGAUGAGAGAUUGUGGGUUUCGGCCCAAUAACUUCACGUUGUCUGGGUUAUUGUCAUGUUCAAAAAUGGAUCUUUCGAUUGGGCUUCAAUUGCAGGCAUUGGCGAUGAAGAAUGGGCUGUUUUAUAUUGAUGCUUUUGUGGGUACUGCUUUAUUGAAUGUGUUUGGAAGGUGGGGGUGGUUAAAUGAGGCAUUGCAUGUUUUUGAGGAUUUGCCUAUUAAGAGCUUGGUGACAUGGAAUUCUAUAAUAUGUUUAUUUGGACAACAUGGCUAUGUGGAAGAUUGUAUUAUUUAUUUCUGUGAGCUCCACAGGGAAAUAGGUUGUUGUUUAUCUGAAUGUUCUUUUGUGGGUGUCUUAUCUGGAUUAGUAUGUGGGAAAUAUUUGGAAUUUGGAGAACAAAUACAUAGUUUAGUUACUAAGACUGGGUUUGACUACACAGUUUCAGUUGUGAAUUCUGUAAUCAGUGUGUAUGUCAAAUGUGCGACAUUACACCUAGCAGAGAAAAAGUUUGAGGAGGCUGCUUGUAAGGACAUUGUGACAUGGAAUACUAUGAUUGUUGCAUUGGCAAAAAGUGAGAAGCCUAUAAAAGCUUUAGAGCUUUUCUUUAAAAUGCCGAGGGAUGCAAUCAGGCCUAGUCAGAUAACAUUUGCGAGUCUCAUUAGCUCUUGUGCUAAUUUACAGAUUCCAAUGUAUGCAGAAUUUAUCCAUGCUAAAGUAAUCAUGCAUGCUUUUGAUACUGAUGUUUAUGUGGGUAGUGCCUUGGUGGACUAUUAUGCUAAAUGUGAUAAAUUGGAUGAUGCCAGGUGCUGUUUUGUCAAAAUUCAUGAGAAGAAUGUGGUUUCUUGGAAUUCUUUAAUUCUGGGUUGUGCAAAUAAAUGCCCUUAUGCUGCUAUUUCUUUGCUGGUGGAAAUGCUUCAAUGUGGAUACCAGCCCAAUGAGUUUUCAUUUUCAGCUGUUCUUAUAUCAUCAUCCAUUUUAGAGCUGCAGCAGCUUCAUUGUCUAAUUAUAAGAAUGGGCUAUGACAACAACGACUAUGUAUUAAGUUCCCUUAUUACCUCAUAUGGAAGGAAUGGUCUCAUUUCUGAUGCACUGGUCUUUCUUGCAGCUUCUGAAACUCCACUUGCUGCUGUUCCUUCUAACAAUGUUGCAGGAAUUUAUAACAAGGCUGGACAUUACUAUAAAACAUUAGAGUUACUUUCUCAGCUUGAAGAGCCAGAUAAUGUUUCUUGGAACAUUGCCAUUGCCGCUUGCGCUCGCAAUGGUAAUUAUAAAGAGGUUUUUGAACUUUUCAAACAAAUGCUCGUGGCUCAAAUUCAUCCAGAUAAUUAUACUUAUGUUAGUCUUCUAAGUUCAUCUAGUCAAAUCUGCGAUCUUGCUUUGGGUAGUUCUAUCCAUGGUUUCCUCAUAAAGAAUAAUUUCAGUUCAUGUGAUACAUUUGUCUGCAAUGUAUUGCUAGACAUGUAUGGAAAAUGUGGGUGCCUCAGGAGUUCAGUUAAAAUCUUUAACAGUAUGAGAGAUAGAAACCUAAUCACAUGGACAGCUCUAAUUUCAGCCCUCGGAAUCAAUUCCUGUGCCCAUGAAGCAUUAGAAAGGUUCAAAGACAUGGAACAUCAGGGGCUUAGACCUGAUAAGGUUGCUUUCAUUGCAGUGCUUACAGCAUGCAGACACGGUGCAUUGGUGGGAGAAGGGAUUGAGUUGUUCAAGAAAAUGAAGAGUUAUGGUCUUGAACCAGAAAUGGAUCAUUACCAUUGUCUUGUGGAUUUAUUUUCCAGGCAUGGACAUGUUAAGGAAGCAGAGAAAGUAAUUUCCAGCAUGCCUUGCCCACCAAAUGCUCUCAUAUGGCGGACUUUUCUUGAAGGAUGCAAGAAAUACAGAAGUAAAGAGGAUCAGUUAAUAGUAACAUAAACUUAAAUCUCGACCAAUAGUAUGUUGUGAGAGGAAAGGGGAUGGAGCAAUUAGACAUGUAAAUUAAAAUUUGUUCAAUGGGUUCUUUGGAUUUGACUUUAAGUUCUUGUUGUCAAGGGCUGUUUGUUCCAAGGCGGAUUGUUUAUUUUGGCCGGUGGUGCUGAUCUAAGCUCACGUGAUGGGCAUGGAGGCCAAACACCACUGGGGAUUUACCAAAAAGUUUUCUUCUUCUUUCUCCUCAGCUUGGUGUCAGGUGCCACAUUUGCCUAUGGUCAUCCUGUACUUUUGUAAUAUUAAUCAAGCAGAAGCGGUGACGACUCGUACUUUGUGGACAGCAACCACAGAAUGUUCCUUAUGCACGUGCACGCCAAAAACUAAAGUUUUGCCUCAAGCUUCAAACAAACACCUCAGUUUGGGCCACCUGCUCUUGUUUUCAAUUUAUGCGAAAGGCUACCCGAUUAUCCAGAUAUAUUGAGUAUUUGAUCGUCUUCUGUAUUUUAUAUUAAACAGACAUGGUUUAAUUUACAUUGACAAGAUUUAAGAUAUCUGAUUUUUUUGUUCUUGG